CUUGACUGCUUGGGAACUGCAAGAUACUACUAAGGUAUAGUUCGCUUGCUGCAUGUAAGGGGAUGACCUGAACUGGCUUGAACGCUGGGUCUGCCAUGUGAUUUCCACAUUAGGCAGGCAGGCUGGGACUACGCCGUCCUCAUAUCCCGAUCACCACUUGAACUCUAAGGCAUCAAUGCUGCAGGGAAUCUUGAACGUUGGCUUUUGUCUUCAGAACAGAACGCCGUGUUUCACUUCUCUGCUCGCUGCGAACCAUAUGGGACUCUGCGGCUUGACCCCGGAUUACGAGAGCUGGGUGGAGUCCAGGAACGGCCGCCUGCGAAGUCUGCGACGUCAACAAGAUCCCACGGCUACCAGGAUCCUUCUGCCGCCAGGAUAUAUAAUCCACAGAGUUCGCGAAGCGGAAGACUCGUCCAGUCACUCAUCUCUUCGAGAACGAGGUUGGAACUUAUCCAUUGAUGAGAAAGAACCGUCGUCUGACUUGUUAAACAUACCAGGUGCAUCAGACCCUGCCAGAGCGAAGACCAACCUCCAUAUCGAAAUCCAGAAAAGUCCUCGCCCAGACGAACGCCGCGAAGAGGCUGUGCCAAAAACCCAACCAGAGUGCCGCCUUCAAGCACCACGGAUCCUGACUCUUGAAAGACUGCCUAAUGGACUAUAUAAAGCGCGGAGACCCCACCACUCCAACGAAUCGAGCAUUAUAGAUCUCCGAGCUUCUCGGAACCUGAAACAUUCCACAGCGCUGCCUUCCUAUCGGGACAAAUCCACUUGGACGGGACCCAAUCGAAGAGAUGUUAUCGUGAUCAGCUCAUCACACAGCAGACAGCCUAGCAGCAGGAGAAGCGGGGAGGCUGGGCGCGGUACACCUGUAGAGUCUCCACGCAGAGUGCGGUUCUAUAGAACUGCAGACGACGACAAUGUCCAAGAUAAUGAGACCGUGAACGGCAAGGUUUCGAGCUGGUUGCUGCAGGAUGACGAAUUCUGGUGACGGCGUGCUUGUUGACACAGUCGUUCUCCCCUGCCUUGACCAAACCGUCCAUAAGAUCGCCAUGAAUUGUGAGUAUCCACGGAAGAAUUGCCAGGUCCACAGAAUAUCGAUAAAAGCCCAUGUCAUGUAUGAUUUAUGAUCCACUGUGUCGCAAUGCAUGUGUUUAGAUUUAUUUGUGCUUGCGUUUCUUCUGUUUCUUGUCGCCGCCGCCG